AUGUUAAAAUCAUUGUAUGAUGUAAUAUUUUCUUCGUCAUCAUCCUCUCCGAUUCAACAAACAACAGCCACCAUUGAAGAUUAUUUGCGGGAAUGUCCUUUCCUCACACAAAAUACAUUUGCUACAAAUUUAGAAAUGGAGGGCGUUAUGUGCCAACAGCAAUUUUGGAGGAGAGAGGGAAAGGCCAAUCAAAGUUUGAGUCUAUUAAAUCAGAGCUUGAAUGAGAAUUCGGAGAGUUAUCAGCCAUUGUUACAGAGAGCAAAAUGGAUUCCAUGGUGGUAUCAAAGUAGUUUUUUCCAUAAACACUCAAGAAAAUUAGCACUGGCCGAUCUCGAUAAAGCUCUCAACAUUUUAAUGAAUCAAAAACAAAAUCAUUCGAGCAAAUUAUUACCCUUUCCAACCUAUAUUAUUACACUCGUACAAGCUUGGAGAUAUAUUGUCAGUGCGAAUUUUACGUCAAGUGAAGCUUUGCUUGAGGAUGCCAAACGAGAACGAGAGUCCUACUAUGAUCAAGUAAGAAGAGUUCUCAAUGAAUGUGGAGUUUCUCCACAUGAUGAGAGAUUGUAUUUAUUCUUUUCAGAUAUUGAACCCAUGUAUACAAUUGCAUAUUCACAUUACUAUAAUUCACAGUAUGAUAAGGCGCUUCGUGAGUACAAGUCCAUAUGGAAAAAAGCGUCAAAUACUGAGUGUUCUUUUCUGGAGGAAUUGCCACAAGAGUUAAGAUCGAAAUUUGAGCUCAAAGAAAAAACCAAACGUAGGAAAUUCGAUAACAUGUUAAUUUUGAAUGAUUUUUAUUUGGUCAAGAUACCCUCCAUGAUUUCGCAAUCCUAUUAUCAUCUAGCUACAGAAUUGGAGGAUGAAAAUGAAAAAAAGAAAUCUUAUCUGUACAAAUCUGUCAAAUAUGCCACUCUCUCAAUUAUCAUGACACAAAAAUAUAAUCAAAAAUAUGGAUUCGAUUUUGGCGAUAUGAACACUUACGGUCAGAGGGAAAAUAUUUAUCGUCAAUUGAAAUUAUAUGACAUGGCACUGAGAGACAUUAACUGCAUGAUUCAAUUUUCACAUCCUUAUCAACAAUUAUCUUCAACUUUUACGGCAUACAAAUCAAAAUUAAAAGUUAUUAAGACCCUUAUUGAAGAGAUUACCAAAGAUGAGGCAUUUAGUAUCAUUUUAGAGAAGAAGAAAGAAUAUACGAGACUGAACCGCAAGAAGCAGCUCUUGGAAGAAAUUAUGAAGGACCUGAUACGCAAAUAUCAGUCCACAACAAUCACAACGAUUGUAUCAAAGUCAGUCAACAUGAACAGUAUGGAAGCAGAAAUUUCGUCUCAAAACUCUGACACCGAUGAAAUUGCUAAUCCAUAUCUUGAAAUUUGCAAGUGUUGGAAUGAAGCAAGUGACAAACUUGAAAUACAAGCUGAUAAAUAUCUCUUUGGAUAUACUGGUCAAUAUUUGCCAGAUACUCACAAUGAUGUACCAAUUCGAUAUCCAGAUACUGUGCUAAAUAUCGAACAAGCAUUUCUCAUUUGUGACAUGAGAUUGGAUUGGGCCAUGCGAAAUAAUCAAUCUGCAGCAGUUUUGAACAAGUAUAAUGCUCAUCUGGGGCGUCUUUUACAUUCAACAAUUUACAAUAAGGAAUCAUGCAUUACAUAUGAACUAUCCAUUACACCAACUAUAUUUGCCUCUUGGUUUAAUAACAAGAUCCAGCGAGGAUUGACUGGUAGUAGCAAUAGUACUCUGAUUCGUGUGGAAAGAUUUAUUGUACCUGAAUGGUUUUGCGACAUGUCCACAAAAACAUUGCGAGAGGAAUUACCACAAGACUAG